CGUUUGGCCUCUGGUGGUCGCAAGUCAUACAGGAAGAGGCGGUGGAAGGCGAAAAGUUACGUUCCCCAAAGCAAAAAAACACACAGCUUCUCUGUCGAUGGCACCCUGGAACCACUAAGCAUAUUUAUCAAAUUUUCGCAAAUUAAGAAUGGUUUAGUCUUGUUUGUUAAUCUGCAGUCAAACAUCGCGCGCUUGAAUUUGUCUCCACUUCCGCGUACAAUGUUUUUUUCCAACGACAUACGACAAGUUUAGAACAGGAAGCCUGCAGAGGCGCUUGUCACUUCGUCUCACCUUUUAGAAGGAGCUCGGUUUGCUGGUGUUGGUAGGACCUGCGACAGCAUGGAUUACGAAGACGCCCAUAAUGGGCGCGGGCUGUCAGGUGCUCAGGGUUUAAAUCCAGUCAUGAACAUAAUCGGAGCAGAGGAUGAAGACUUUGAGAAUGAUGAGCAGCCUAUGGUGGACGAUCAGUGCAUUCACUUUAACAGUAUUGAGCUGUUGAAGUCCAGGCCCACCCACCUGCUGGUGUUCCUUCAUCAUGUCAUGCUACAGUUUGACUGUGCUCCUGUGCUAUGCUACCUUCAUGCUGACCUCAUGAAGAACCUCAAUACCAAAGACACCAAGAAGCACUUUGGGGAAUUCUACAACACUUUCCUGGAGAAAGGAGCGAUUCUCAAAGUAUCUGUACCAAGUAACAUCGCCCCUGAAAUAGAUCGCUUGCGUCCAGAACUGAUCAAUGAAGAGCAGCAAAAACGUUACGCUAAUGAAAUACAGUUUGCGCAGAGUCCAGAGAUACUGCGACAGCUGGAAGACUUCAGGCAAAAGAGGAUGAUGGGAAUGACACCUAAUGAGCGGGAAUUAAAUGAUGUGGAAUCCCAUCGACCCACUGAUCGCAUCCCUAUGGACAUGAAGGAGAAGGCUGUCGCUGAAUCCCUGCUGGAAAAGAUGGUUGAGGCCAACCCCUCAAUUGUUCCUGACAAGGACAAAAGUAACUCCAUCUUUGGAGCAGUGGCUUAUUAUAUGAAGUAUCUUGGAGUCAAGACCAGAGCUUUUGACAACAAGAAGUCCAAGUCAGGAUGGCGGCCCUCGGUUCCAUCUAUGCUGAAGCCAUGGUCAGUCAACAAGCAGAUUAAACCAGUCAAACCGCCUGGAAUCGGCUAUGACGGUAAGCAAAGUAGAUUGGACUUUGAAGCAAAGCAAAACAAACAACCUCCUCAUCGAGUGUCUGUUAGUGAUAGUGUCACCCCUCCAGGGCGAAAAACUGGUAUUACCGUGUCAGGGAGCACUCAUGGGUCAGAGAGCAGUGAAGAGUUACCCAUCAGUGUGAGUGUGACUCCCAGCCCUGACUUUCAAACUGAUACAGUAGGUAUCAUCAACAAUCGCACAGACCCCAAACCAGCCUCUGAGGGUGGAGAAGUGUCUCCAGUCAGCACUGGUGGGACUGUGUCCAUCUGUGAACCUCUCGCUGUCAUUGAUGUCCCUCCAGAAGACAUUCAGGACAGCGGCAGAAAGAAGCCAAGGAAUGUGCGUCGCAGUGAAAGCCUUUGUGUGGAGCGGCGUCACUCUCGUCGUGGUGGCUCUACUCGGGCCAAGCAGUCUCGUUCCCGCAGCGACGUGGACCUCCAGUCAACUUCCACAUCCCAUCCCCUCUCACCCUCCCCACAGCAUUCAGUCUCCGUGGAAGGUGACAAAACACCGGAAAUCGCUCUCCUCACUCCCACUUUUGUCCCGGCCCCUCAGCAAGAAGAGAUAGAGCCCCGUCUCCUGGAGCUCGAGCAGGACCCACUCAACUGGAGAGAACUUGCUUCCAGUGAAAGCCUGCAUAAGCUGAGCAAGAAGGAAGCCAAAAGACAAGAAGUCAUAAAUGAGCUGUUUGUGACAGAACAAGCACACGUCCGUAUGCUGAGUGUAUUGCAGACAGUGUUUUCUCGUCCACUUGAGAAGCAAGAGUAUAUGACUGCAAAUGAGGUGGCCACCAUCUUCUCCAGCCUGGAUGACAUCAUAGAGAUGCACUAUGUUUUCUAUGAGAACCUGAAGAAACUGCGUGAAGAAGAUGAAUACAUUGUCAAAACUAUCAGCACACCACUUCUCAACAGAUUCAGUGGAUCUGAAGGAGAAUGGUUUCAAAAGCUCACAGCACGCUUCUGUAGCUACCAGUCCUGGGCUCUGGAGCAGAUCAAGAGCAGGCAGAAGAAGGACCCCCGAUUCAAUGCUUUUAUACUGGAAGCAGAGAGUAAGCCACAGUGUCGGAGGCUACAGCUAAAGGAUAUCAUACCCAUAGAGAUGCAGAGACUAACAAAAUACCCUCUUCUGCUGGAAAACAUUGCUAAGAACACAGAGGAUGCAACAGAAAAAGAGAAAAUUAACCAAGCAGCAGAAUCCUGCCGUAAGAUCCUCAACCAUGUCAAUGAAGAAGUCAAACAAAUGGAGAACCUGCUGAUUUUGAAAGACUACCAGCGUCGACUGGAUACCUCAGGACUGAAACCCAGCAAUGAACUCUACAGUGAGUACAAGACCAUUGAUCUGACCAACCGAACGAUGCUGUUUGAAGGACCUCUGACAUGGAGGGUGACCAAAGAGAAAGCAAUCGAUGUGCACUGUGUGUUGCUGUCAGACCUGCUGGUCUUGUUUCAGAAGCAGGAUGAUAAGAUGCUUUUGAAGUGUCAGAGCAAAAGCAACAUCGCCGUUCAGGAAGGCAAGCAGAUGCUGAGUCCAAUCAUCAAGCUGGAGUCUGUUUUCCUCAGAGAGGUGGCCACUGACCCGAAGGCCCUGUAUGUUAUCUUCACCUGGGACAGUGGAGCACAGAUCUAUGAACUGGUGGCUCAGUCUGUCGGGGAGAGGAAAAACUGGACAGAGGCGAUUAAGUCUGCGGUUGAUGAGCUGAAGAAGGCAUCAAAGAGCAACACCAAACUGGAAAGGAAUAGCAGGGCUGGCAGUGUGCCAAACAACAUUGCUGUACCUCUAUAUGGCCCAGCUCAUCCUCCUCUUAGCCCCACUGAAAAUGGAGGUGAACUGCUGAAAAAUCGCGUCGGGCGAUUUAGUGAGAAGAUUCGAGAAAGUGAUCCUCCACUCAUCGACUAUCUAGCAGCCAACGGCUUUGACCUGCUCACCCACAGCCACACACCUCCGGAGAAAUCUGCUACUGUUGCUUUGGAUGAAGUCAUGUGUUUGAAGAGGCUAUUGGUUGGGAGUAUUAGCCUGUCAGAUGAUGCUCAGACUCUUGGGGAAAACGGUGGGAUGGCACCUGAAAGUCAGGAUGCAGAUGGAACUCAACUGUCAGUGGAGGAAUCGAGCACAGAAGCAGGUCCUGAAGUAGAAGAGCAUGAGGAAGAUGUAGAGAAUAAAGGAGAAGAGGAGAAAGGUAUCAGUGCUCCUCUCGUGCUGUCUGAGGAGCGCAUGGAGGAGGUGCAGAUGAGACUGCAGGCUCUGGAGGAGCAGCUGAAGAGAUUGAGGUUGGUUGAGGAGGACCAUUAUAAAUUACAAGAAGCUCUUGCUAAAUACACACUUCAGGGGGGCCAUUACAAUUGAGAAACAACACAACCUGCUGUUACAAGAUCACUGUAUGUGCUGGAGUCGAGACUUGCUUUCGGGGGGAUUUGCUGAUUGACUAUUGCUGCCUGAACGUUUCUGCUCUCUCUUCUCUCUUCCAAACUGUCCUUUCAGAAGAUUGACAGCAGGCCUCUGGUGCUUUCCAUUCCACUGAGAAAUGACCUGAAGUGGGUGUUUUGAAAUAAUAGUGAUCCGUGAGCAUAAAUAAGAGUGUGAGUGUUUCUGCUGAGAGCCGCGAGAGACAGUCUUACCAAAACAUGCCAAAGAAAUGUGCAAAGCCUAGAGAGAUCUCAGAGUGAAAUGCUACAUGUGCAUGUGGAAGCAUUAUGCGCACACAUACUGUACACAAAGAUAAACCUAAGCAUGUCAGAAGUCAUUUAGCAUCAAAAGGCUAUCUAUAUUCAUAGAAAAGUAUAGUUGCAUCUUUGGGAACGCAGUCUGACGCAUAUGAAGCCUGCAGCUCAGACUGAAUUUCAGUCAGGUUCAUCCAAACUAAACAAAUGUGCCCUUUCUUUCUUUUCGUUUCUCAUCCCUCCACAUUUUAAGAUCAUGUUCAUUCAUGCUAAUAUUUAUCAGAAAUUGUACGUAUUUUCAAAAAUUACAGAUAUUGAAAUGUAUUUGUUGAUAUUUUUAAGCAGAGAACUAAAUAGUUAUAGCAUGAAACUGUAGUAAGAUGGAGAAUUAAAGCAUGUCUUUUUUUAAAACCCUGUUUUGUUUAUUUGUUUUACCAGUUUGGUUUGGAUUUUCAUUAGUUUUUUUGUGGGGGAGGUCUUUUCUUUAUGGAUGCUCUGCAAAUGAGAAAAGAAAUGCUAAGUAGGAUAGAUCAUUGCAUGGUUGAAAGGAAGUAGAGAAAGGGAUUUGGGGAAGGUAAAAUCAGGCAGGCUUUGAGAGAGAAAAAGAUUUGAUUUUGCAAUUUGAUGGUAACAAGGUUUGACAGUGGGUGCAAGAAAAUCAGAGCAUAUUACAAAGGAGCUUGAAUGUAUCAAACGCAUACAGCCCAGCUUGCAGCUCCCAUCCACACAUAUGAAGCAUGUACUCUUAUGCAGAUAGUACGUUGAAACGGAUAAUCAUCAUACAUUUCCUAUUUGUGUGUGUCUAUGCAAGUUUAGGAGGUGUGACUGUAAAAAAAAAAAAACAUGAGCAAUUUAAUUUUUUGAAACUCUUUUGUGUACAGUUACAUUACAAAUUAGAUGCAUCUGAUCUAUCUAUAUCUAUAUACAGUAUAUAUACAUAUAUAUACAGUAUAUAUAUAUAUAUAUAUAUAUAUAUAUAUAUAUAUAUAUAUAUAAAGUAUAUAUAUAUAUAUUCUUAGUUUUCCUUUUAGUUGUUUAAUUGUUUCUCUGGUAUAUUUUAUUGGCAGGGGAGUAGUUUCUAUAAAAGCAGGACCAAAGAAGUCGCGAAUCGCUAACAAUGUUUAGAUAUGAAAACACCUUGAAAGCUGAAAAGGGGUUUAGGAAGUCACCAAAAAAAAAAAAAAAAGUGCAUGGAUUGGCUUGUUAGUUUGAUGCCUUAUUUUGUUUGAGACGGAAGGAAAUUGAAAUUGCUUCAAUUUGUGGAAGGGACCAGCUUGUCUCUCCCGCUCUCUUGUUUUAUUAGGAUACCACAGAGAAUCAGACACUUGCAGGUUUUGUCUCAGAGUUUGGAGACAGGAACACAGACCAUCAGUUUUCUUACCAGUACUGUAAAUGUUUUCAUAAUGCUACUGCGACAGGUUUUUCUACCAUUCCACCAAAUGCCAAUUUCUGCAGGUUUUUUUAUCUUAUUUUUUGUACGUAGUGUGAUUUUAAUAUUCAUGUUUAAGUUGAAAUUGCUGAUUUAAUUUGAUUUAUUUUAGAAUUGGUUUUUAUUUUCCCGCUCUUCGCUCGACUGUUUAUCUUCAUCAGACUUAAUUUAAAAUGGCUUCCAGAAAAGUCUGGUUUUCCAACCACGUUUUGGUACACGUCAAUUUUUAUCAGUCUUUUUUUUUUUUUUUUUAUAAAAUUACCAGGCGAUGAUGUUUAAAGUGCCAACUUCUUCUCCUACCGGCUUUUUAUUUUCAUUUUUAUUUGUUUAAAUGAGCGAUAAUUCAUUUUUUAUUCAGUUUUUUUUGUUUGAGAACUAUGUAAUUACAAUACUAUGCAUUGCCAAUUAUCAAGUAAGGACUGAGAGAGACAAAGUACACCCAUAACCAUCCAAACUAUUACUCAAUUUCUGACCUUUAUUUUAUUUUAUGUGGAUUUGUGCACAUUUUAAACUUGAUUUGAAAGUUGUUUUCAACAAUGGAUAUCCCUAUGGGCUCUAAAUAAUUGAUAAGAGAGAGUUUUGGGUGCAUUCUCUCUCAUUCCUUGACAGUUUCUUGUGUAUCUGUCACAUAUACGUAUAUAUAGUGAUAUAUCUUGUAUGUUUAAAUCUAUUUAUAGGGUGCCUUUUGCAGAUUGGGUUAGUUUUCAUAAUCUCAUUUUCUUUUAGUUCAGAUGGCAGACACUGCCUUAUCUGGCCUCUCCUCAUUUCAGUGUUAAUUGCUCAUCUGAUAUUUGGCUCAAUGCCCAUCAAAUUUUAGCAGUUCCACUCAUUUUUGCUCUCCGAAAUGCCUGAGCUCUUAAUGCUGAGUGCUCUUUGUUAGAUCUUUUAAACUCUCUGCAAUCCAUGACCGUAUUUUUAUGUCAUUUCUUGUACAGGAGUCCACUCAAUACAGGCAUUCUAUUGCUGUCUGUCUAUAUAAAUGAUUAUGCAAGGACUAUUUUGUGUAUUUGGGCUUUGAUUUAAUAUGUAAGAUACAUCAGAAAAAUGUAGGUACGUUUUUUUAUUAUAAUUUUCUUUUCCUUUUUUUUAAAUAAAUGAUCUAAAAAUGA